CUUGACUUUGCGAAGGGCCUUCUGGUUCGGAUGAGGGGUUAUGGCGACGACGACGCAAGCGCGCAGAGGUCACUUGGAAAGGUUAGUGCGACAUCGAACGACACCGCUCGGCUCCGCGAGGCAGAGCUAGCCAGGGCUGCCAUAGCGACCGAUCAUCUUCGUUGCCCACUCGAUGGGAGGCCUUGUAGUGAAGAAGGCUUAUGUACUCGGGAAGUUUGACGAGCAUUAUACGGAUAUGGUAACUAGUGUUCACGGAAUCGUUUUCCUGUCUACACCCCACAGGGGUUCUUCCUAUGCGAGCUCCCUCAACACUCUCUCCGUCAUGGUAGGGACAUCGAACAAGGUGUACGUGUCCGAGUUGGACAGCAAUUCCACUUCGAUCGAGGAUUUAAAAGGGCAAUUCCGCGCGGUCUGUGGUAGUUUGCGUCUCGUCUCCAUGUUCGAAACGCUUCCCACAAAAAUAUCACCUGCCGUCAGGAGAUUGAUCGUCGGAAAAGACACGGGAAUCCUCAACUACCCGCAGGAGAUCUCAGGCCCGGCGGACGCGGAUCAUCACACCAUCUGCAAGUAUCGUAGCCGGGUCGACGACAACUACAUUCUGUUCAUCACCUUCCUCAAGCAGAUAUCUCGUGAUCUUGUCCCACACGCUACACCUCCUGUGGCGCCCCCCGUCCCGAUUGACCGAGCUCGAGCUCUUGAAGCCGUUCUUGGGAUUGUGGAAAGUCCUCUCGAGGAUCUGGAGAGAUUCACUAGUCAGGCUUUGCCAGGGUCCGGCGAAUGGCUUCGCGGACGAAAGACCUUCGCACACUGGCUGAGUGACCCUAGCGGAGAGGCGCGUCUAUUCUCCUUGAGCGGCGUGCCCGGAACAGGCAAGUCUACUCUGGCAGCCAUGACAAUCCGCCACCUGCAGCAUGUCUUCAUGAAUCAGAGCUGCCAAUUCCAUUUCUUCAUGGAGUCCCAGCCGACGAAGCAGAGCCUCGCUUACUGCGUCCGGUCGAUUGCUUGCCAGAUCGGAAUUGCCCACGACCUCUUCGCUGAGCGAUUGCUUCGGUUACACCAAGAUGUCGGAGAUGUUCUGUCAUCCCAGAAAUAUCAGACAAUAUGGGCAAAGGUGUUCGAAGGGAUACUGUUCAAGCUUGACAUUGGAUACACCUUACACUGGGUAUUCGAUGCUGUGGACGAAUCCCAGAACCCGCAGGCUUUCCUAAAGCUCCUCUGCACGAUGCAGUCUGCUUCAUGCAUCGAAGUGAUGUUUCUAACCCGUCCGAACAAAGACAUCGUAAGCACCAUGGCACAACGCGGUAAGGCCGCGGUGUUCGAUACGAUAAGUGUCCGAGACACGGCUGGAGAUAUCCGGGCCUACGUUGAGUCCGUCGUCAGUGAGACUCUCCCCAAAGAAAGUCGCAUUCGGGGGGAGGUCAUUGAACAGAUACUAUCGAGAACAGAGGGGUCAUUCCUGUGGGCGCGCCUUGCCUUGGACAGUUUGCACCACAGCUGGCACACUCUGGGCGACAUACGAAAGGCGAUGGAUGUCCUACCAAAGGAUAUGCAUUCUUUAUAUCGCAACAUGCUGCAGAUCAUCAGAGGGCAAGAUCUGCGGCUCCAAGACAUAGCACAGAGAAUUCUGGCCUGGGUCGCAUGCAGCUUCCGACCCAUGAAAGUCGCAGAACUGCAAGCCGCAUUGGAACCCGAGUUUGGAGGAUUCAUCAGUCUCAAAGACACCAUCGUCGAAAUAUGUGGGCACUUUGUCAGGACCGACGGGGACAUUGUAUCUCUCAUACACUCCACUGCUCGAAGCUUUCUAGUCACGCCCGACGCGGACGAGCCCGAGGUAGUCUCGUCAGAGGCGGGUCACGAAAUGAUUGCCAAGGCAUGCCUACGGUACCUAUCGGACGAUCGAUGGCGGCGGAUUCUAUCACAGGUCCCGGAAACCGGUACCGGGCACAAGGAUCGGCUCGUCGCAGUCUACAACUCGCACUCGCUCUUGAGCUAUGCGCUGAACAAUUGGGCGUACCAUGUGAGACAUGCACCAGUCGACUCCCCAGCUUUGCUUCAGCAUCUGAAGCUCUUCUUCUCGAAGCACGUACUCUGCUGGAUACAAGCCGUGGCGCUCUCCAGGUCUCUACGUACGCUGCCGCAGGCGUCCCAGUACAUCAAGCUCUAUCUAAGACGACGGAAACGAAGAGCCGCGUCGUCACUCGACUCUGCGGUUCCACACAGCGCGUUGCUAGGCAAAACAGAAGUCCAGUUUCUCAUACGAUGGUCCGUCGAUUUCAUUCGUCUUCUCGGAAGGUUUGGUGAAAAUCUGAGCGAGACUCCGUCUUCCAUCUUCAAGCACAUCCCGCCAUUCUGUCCUAAGGACUCAAUCAUUGCUCAGUUCGGUGCACGCCAGGAGAAUCCGCUUAUCAGGGUUGGUGGGAUUUCAUCCCGCACUUGGGAUGACAAUCUUGCUAGGUUGUCAGUCGGACAAGAUGAGCUGGCGUCGAAGGUUCGAUGCACUGGCGUCUACUUCCUCACUCUAAUCUCCAGAAACGGCACAGUGAUCGUGUGGUCUGCGGAAACCUGCGAGGAACUCCGCCGUCUCGAACACGGCGAAUGGGUUGUCCUCUUCGAAACGAACGGGACGGGCAGUCGGGUAGUCUUAAGCGGCCGGUUUACCUUCAAAGUCUGGGAUAUCUCUUCGGGACAACUGCUUCACUCGUUUGAUAGAGAUCCCAACCUCCGGCCAAUGCAGCUUGCUUUUGGGGAUGGCGACGCAAGCCUUGUUGUCGCCUACGAUGACUAUUUUGUCGUUUGGUACGAUACCACUAGCGGCAGUGAGACGCGGAGCUUCUCAACCGAAGACCCCGAGAGACUUCGGGGUUGUCCCCGGCUCAUGGCUUUGAGUCCGGACCUGACUCAAGUCGCUAUUGCGUUCCGAGGGCGGCCGGUAUUCGUGUGGGAUAUGAAUGCAGCUUCUCCCACUCCACCUCGGCGAUGUCUUCGCACCGCGGACGAGGUCAGAUUGGACGAAUCGGACGCCUACAGUGCCCCGGAGAUUGCAGUUUGGCAUCCCGAUGGCGAUUCCCUCUUCAUCCUCUACCAGGACACGGUGAUAGUCCACUGGAACAUGAUCGAGGACGAACGGUCAGAGCAGGACCACACCGUGGCGCGCGAAAUGGUUGUGAACAGCGAGGAAACAUUGCUGCUCACUAGCAACUUCAGCGGAGUAUUGUCUGUGUGGGCAUCGCCAAGGUUCAAUCUAAUCUAUAGGCUCCAUGCCAGCGACUACGUCCGGGAUAUGGCCUUCAGUCCCGAGUUGCAACGUAUCUACGACAUCAGGGGCUCCAUUUGCUCCGCCUGGGAGCCGGACGCGCUUGUUCGCCCGGACGACAUCGACCGUCAUGCUGACAACUCAAGCAGCACGGCUGAUGGAUGGAUGGUCUCCGAAGCAACAUCAGAACCGGUAUACUCACAGGUCCGCAGCGUUGAGCUUACCGCCCUUGCAUACGACAGCGGCGGGGAAUUCUACUGUUGUGGCAAGAGUGAUGGAACAGUUGCCAUCCACGACACGAUUAAGGGGAAGAUUUCGAGGAAGGUUUGCGCCCACGGAGCUACCAGCGAUGUGAUCAGCUUGACCUGGUCGGUGUCCGGAAGGUACCUCGUCAGUGGAGACGACACGGGGAAAAUCAUUGCAAAAAGGCUGAGGCUAAAGGAGGAUGGCAAAUGGGCAGUAUUCCCAGUCUUCGAAACGCGAUUCACGGACUCGGUCGCCGACCAAUUCCUCUUCAGUCAAGACGAGAGCCUGUUGCUCAUAUCAACCCCUUGCGGUAUCAAAUCUGGGAUCUCGCGGCUAAAACGGUGCUUCAUGAAACGACAACCGCUGCAGAGCUGAACGGGCAAUGGAUUACCCAUCCCUCUGACGACACCCGUCUGCUGUUCGUUGGCCAACACAACGUACACGUCCACGAGUGGCGGGAUCUCACAAGUGAGACGGUUUACGACAUCGCCACGAGUGAUCCGGUUGACCAGAUCGAAGAGGAAACCCCUCGACCACGGGAUUUCAAUGGCCCUGACAAGGUACAAACUUUAGCCACUACCCAGAGCCGCCGUUUCUUUGUCUGCCUGACUUCGCCGGAGCCUAAGAAAACGCGAUCGAGAACGAACAGAGACAGGAAUCAGAUCAGCUUGCUCUUGGCAGCCGACCUGGGGCCUCAACCGUCAAAUCCGCAACACAAAGUCAGACGCCGGCGACUGCCCGAGCUCUCAGCUCAGAUACAGCGGUUCGUAGGAUGCUACCGUGACAAGAUAGUCUUCAUCGACCAUC